GCUAUGGGCAACUCAGCAACUUUUCCUCUGGGCGGGUUUUCAUACAUCUCCCCCAUAGUGUGAACUAUGCCUACCCUCAUCCCUGGCCUAAAUGAUUCUAUAGCAGCUGCUGCCAAUUAACAAUUAACGUUAAAAGGGUUGGACUACGAAGAUGAGUUUUUGGUUUGUUACACUGGAAUAGUGAGUGAUACAACUCAUACACAGUCUCUGCUGAGCGCCUGUAGAAGGUUUCCCAUACUGUAAUACUUAUCUGCAGGCACAUGGACAUGGCUUCUGGAUUAAGUGGUGAACUGAGUUGCUCAAUUUGUCUCGGCAUAUACUCGGAUCCUGUAAUGCUUAGCUGUGGACAUAACUUUUGUGAAAUCUGUAUAACAAUUUCAUGGGACAAGCAGUGGAGCACUGGGGUUUACUCUUGUCCUGAAUGUAGAGCAGAGUUUAAAAAUCGCCCUUCUCUGCAGAAAAACCUGAAGCUGGGUAAUAUAGUACAACAUUAUCGCUCUACACGUGAACAUGCAGAAGGUACUGAAAUCUUCUGUUCAUAUUGCGUGACAUCUCUGGCACCUGCUGUAAAAAACUGCCUACAUUGUGAAGCUGCACUGUGCCAACUUCAUCUGAAAAACCACAGCAAGUCGUCUCAUCACAUCUUAGUUGAUCCAACCGCUUCUCUAGAGGGCCAAAAAUGUCCUGAUCACGAUGAGCUGAUAAGGUAUUUUUGCAUCCAGGACAAUUCUUUCUUAUGUUCAAUGUGUAGUCAUAACGAGAAGCACAAAGGUCAUAAAGUAGAGCUUGUCAGUGAAGCCGGGGAGAAAAAGAGACAAAACUUAUGGGAUUCUGUAAAGAAAUUAACUUUACACAUGGAAGAGACAGAAAAAUUAUUCUGGAAGCUGGAGAAACACAGAAAAUACAUUAAAGAAAAAUCAUUAAAUAUAAAAGAGAGAGUUUUUGGUCUCUUCCGAGGCCUCCAAGAAAAACUAAACAUGCUUGAAGAUAAAACUCUUGAUGAAAUUACUAGGCAGGAAACGGUAGCUUAUAACUCUCAUUCUCAACAAAUUCAAAAACUUGACAAAGAAAUGAAAGAGCUGCACAUGAAAAAACUUCAGAUUCAAGAGAUCUGUAAAAUUCCAGAUCAUCUCACUCUUCUCAAGCAACCCGGUAUUCACGUAGAUCCUAAACUUGGUUAUAGACCCCCAAUUUAUGCCGAAACAUUGGACGAGGAAAAGAUCGUUGUGACCUUGCUCAAUGCUUUGGGUAGUUUGAUGGGUUUUAUUACGGAAAUAAAGAACAAGUGUGGCUUUGAUGUUGAAGAUUCUACUGACUUAAUCCUGAAUGUUAAUACAGCAGAUCCUACUCUAGCACUCUCACAUGAUUUCAAAGAGGUUAUGGAUUCCAACAGGCAAAAACUUCGACCCCAUCUUCCUGAGAGAUUCUAUACCCAGCAAGUAUUAAGCACUAAGAAAUUUUGCUCAGGAAAACAUUAUUGGGAAGUCAAAGUUUUUGAAGAUGGGAACUGGUCUGUAGGUGUGACCUACAAUAGUGUUAAGAAAAGUGGCUAUACAUCACGCAUGGGUACAAAUGAGAAGUCCUGGUGCUUAAGUUGGUAUGAUGCAUUUGAUGAGUUUUAUGCAGAAUAUGAUAACGAACAGGAAGAGAUAGAGGACUAUAAGUUCACACAUAAAAUUGGGAUAUUCUUGGAUUAUGACGAUGGAGUGGUGUCUUUUUAUGAACUGUGUGAUCCGAUCCAACACUUGUACACCUUCCAUGACGAUUUUACAGAACCCCUUUAUGCUGGCAUUUGUGUUGAGCAGUUAGCUGGAAUUAAAAUCUGUUAAUAGCCUAUGAAUUUUAUAUAAAUUUACAAUAUUAUAAGCUUAAAUAAAGAUUUACUGCAUUAAAUGUUGCAUUUACUG